CGAUGUUUCCCAUGGAAGACAGACGCCGAGCCAAGCGUGCGUGUGGAGUGGCCUGCCGCGUUGUCGGCAGAUGCAUUUUCCGCCAGUACCAAUGAUCGCCACGCAUCUUUCCUGAUUUCACGUUGAUCGCUACACCUCGCCAUUUCCACUGAUUCAUGGCAUCAAACCGUUCUGGAUCCAAUCAAAUAUCAUUACAUUGAUCUAAUCGAUUCAAUAUGCCCGCCCUCCCCAAGAGCUGCGAUGUCCUCGUCGUCGGCGGAGGCAACGCAGGCUUCUCCGCCGCCCUCUCAGCCGCCGAAAGCGGCGCGCGCGACGUCGUAAUCAUCGACAAAUGCCCCGAAGACUGGGCCGGAGGCAACUCAUAUUUCACCGCCGGCGCAAUGCGCACAGCGCACGCCGGGCUCGAGGAUUUACUACCCGUCGUCAACAAUGUCGACGCCGAUCUCGCCGGCAAGAUUGAUCUGGAGCCGUACACGAAGGAGGCCUUUCGAGCGGAUAUGGAUCGGGUGUGUCUUGGUAGAUCGGAUCCGGCGUUGAGCAAGAUUCUGAUCGAUGAGUCGAAUUCUGCUGUUAAGUGGUUGGCGAAGCAUGGCGUGCGGUAUCAAUUGUCGUUCAAUCGACAGGCCUUCCUGGUCGACGGACGAUAUAAAUUCUGGGGCGGACUCGCGCUGAAGACGCAAGACGGCGGGAAGGGACUGAUCGAAGACCACAGACGAGCAGCAGAGCGACUCGGAAUCAAAGUCUUCUUCUCCACCGCCGCGACUGCACUUCACAAAGACGCAAACUCCGGCGCCAUCACUUCCGUCGAUGUCGAAUCCAACGGCGCGCGAGCAUCCAUUCGAUCCAAGGCAGUCAUACUGGCCGCUGGAGGCUUCGAAGCCAAUCCUCGUAUGCGAUCUCAAUACCUCGGACCAGGCUGGGACCUCGCCUACGUCCGCGGCACACCGUACAACACCGGCGACUGCCUCGAACUCGCCCUCCGCGACGUUUCCGCCAAACAAGCCGGGCACUGGUCAGGCUGCCACUGCACAUGCUGGGAUGCGAAUGCGCCCCCGGAUACUGGAGAUCGACAGGUGUCAAACGAGUUCACCAAAUCCGGCUACCCGCUCGGCGUCAUGAUCAACUCCGCUGGCGAGCGUUUCGUUGACGAGGGCAUCGAUUACCGGAAUUAUACGUAUGCCAUCUUUGGCAGGCAGAUCCUCGCGCAGCCCGGCGGCGUCGCUUUUCAGGUUUGGGACUCGCGGACUAUUCCCUGGCUACGACCGGAGGAGUACCGUGAUGAAGUUGUGAAGAAGAUCCAGGGAGACAGCAUCGAGGAGCUUGCCGACAAUUGCGUCAAAAACGGCUUGCAGAAUAAGGCGAAGUUCAUCGAGACGUUGAAGGCUUACAACAAAGCGACACACGCACAUCUCAAAGAGAAUCCCGACCAGAAAUGGGACCCGGCGGUGAAAGACGGUGUAUCAACGCAAUCAUCAACGGAGCAACUGGCCCUGCCGAAAUCAAAUUGGGCUCUACCAAUUGACAAGCCGCCUUUCUUGGCGGUCAAAGUCACGGGCGGCGUGACCUUCACAUUCGGAGGUCUGGCUGUUAACCCUCAGACGACUGCCGUCAUUUCUGCCACCACGCAGAGAGAAAUUCCGGGUCUGUUCUGCGUUGGGGAGAUGCUCGGAGGUUUAUUCUAUGGCAACUAUCCCGGUGGGAGCGGUUUGACGUCUGGAGCUGUUUUCGGAAGGCGGGCUGGAUUGGCUGCGGCGAAGCUGGCUCUUGGUUCGGAUGUACAGGCACGAUUGUGA